AUGGCUACGCAAGGUGUUAUUUCCCAGGAGUUGCUCGAUCCCACCGCGGUGGUGUCUAUUGAUUUCGGUACCGCUUACUGUGGUAUAGGCUACGCUAUGACAGCCUCGGGUGGCAGUAAAAUCAGCAUAGGUGCACCGAGAGAAAACAUCGCCGGCAAAACGCCUACUGCGCUAUUCCUAGACGAGCAUAACAACUUGUUGGCGUUCGGACGAGAGGCUGUACAGGCGUAUAUGACUUACCUGGAAGAGAAAAACAUUAUCUCAGGGGAAAAUGGGAAUGCCAAUACUGCCACCCCUACGGCUACAAAAACUUGUGCACUAUAUCAGGGUUUUAAGAUGGCCCUGUACAACAUGAAGCCGGGCACAGAUCCCAUUAUAACGGCUGAAGAUGGUGUACAUACUAUUCCUGCGUUGAAACUGCUCGCCAUGUCGUUAUGCGCACUUAAGGAGUACGCGAUUAGUUUUAUCCUCAAACAGAUAACACGCGCAUUAAAGGUGGACGAGAUUGCCUGGGUGAUCACAGUGCCUGUGAUAUGGGAAGAGCGCACUAAACUGUUUAUGCGCCAGGCUGCCACUGAGGCUGGUAUUGUGCAGUACAGCAUGUCGGCGCGGCUGAAGAUUGCGCUGGAACCGGAAGCCGCUGCCAUAGCCAUCGAGAGUCAACUCAAUGGCGUGUUGCAGCAGGAUAGUAAAUUCCUGGUCGCAGACUGUGGGGCUGGCACCGUUGAUGUUACGGUAUGGGGUGCGUGUGUGCUGCGUGUACUACGAUGUGACUACGUGACAGCCAUAUCAGCACAGGAUCUCUAUGACACGUAG